GCGUCUAGUCGGUGUGGUGCGAUCGUGCCAUUAGGACGUGUGGUGGUGAUAGCUCGCGCUCGCUCUCUCUCUCUCUCACUCUCACACACACACUUUUUCUCUCUCCUCGCCCCGUCUGCUGUGUCUGUCGGUCGGUAACGUCCGCUGAUUGUAAAACAGAAACUUGUAGUGAAGCGAAGGAAGCAAAGAAUUCCUCGCACAAAAUAAAACUCGAGAGGAGGAGAGUGUUUCGUACUCUAGUAGACCGAGAGUGCGCAGCCAUAUAUCGUCCAGUGGUGGUGAUUUUGCUGUAAAUGUUUGUUUACGUGGACUUCAUCCAGAGGAUUUGCCGAGUAUCAUCAUCAUCAUCAUCGUUUUUUAUCUGGAGAAAUCCCCGAAGCAUCAUCUCACGUUCGUGUAAUGGUUUUAAUAGUGCUUGGUUGGUUGUGUCGCCGCCGGGAGGCAGUAUUCGGAGCGUGGGUUUCAGCUAUUGUUACGGGGCGAACUUCUUAACUAGUUUGGGGUGUACCUCCCGCUAAGGUUCUGCUGGUCCCAGUGAAACUUGGUAUAGCAGCAGCCCUCCUCCUCUUGCCCCCAGCCCAUCCUUCCCCCCUGUCCAUCCAUCCCCCGCCCCCCACACCUCCACUCUCUCUCUCUCUCUCUCUCUCUCUCUCUCUCUCUCUCUCUCUCUCUCUCUACUUCCAUUUUCCUCCUCCUCCUCCUCCUCCUCGACGUCUGCAGGUUGCAUCCAUCAUCACAAUAGGUUGUGGUCUGUAACCCGCUGUAGGACCAUUCAUGAAAAGCUGGCUGGCUGCCCCUCUUAGCCAGUGAAAGCAAUCUUUCGAAGAGAAAGUAGAAUAACCUUUUACUUUAUCGUCACCAUCAUCCAUUUAGCCUUUAUAUCUCUCUCUCUUUUCCGCCCUCUCGUGCUUUACGACUUGGGGAAGAAGGAACCAAGUCCCGAAUUUGCCCAAAAGCCUACGUUAUCCUCCUCGAUAGACAGCUGAGGUUACUCUAAUUGAUUGAUAGACUGCUAAAGUUACUUGUGCUUGAUUGAUAGACAGCUGAGGUUACUCGUAAUUGACUGAUAGACAGCCGAAGUUAUUCGUAAUUGACUGAUAGACAGCCGAAGUUAUUCGUAAUUGACUGAUAGACAGCUAAGCUUCGAAGGUGGAACUGUGAGCCGAAAUUCUUCAAAAUGCUGCUCUCCGAACUGAUAAGUGUGCAGAAUGUGGCGCAUGUGUACGAGGAGAUCACCGACAGGAGAGAUAGAAGUCGGUCUAAAGUGAAUGUGGUGGAAGCCCUUCAAGAAUUCUGGCAGAUGAAAGCGCAACGAGGAGCAGAACUAAAAAAUGGUGCCCUGGUCAUAUAUGAAUCGGUACCUUCUUCAUCGCCUCCAUACGUCUGUUACGUCACUCUUCCAGGGGGAUCUUGUUUUGGCUCAUUUCAGAAUUGCCCUACAAAGGCUGAAGCUCGUCGUAGUGCUGCAAAAAUAGCACUCAUGAACUCUGUGUUCAAUGAACACCCUUCACGCAGAAUUUCUGACGAAUUUAUAGAAAAAGCCGUAGCUGAUGCUAGAGCCCAAUUUAAGCAUGUAGCCGACUUGUCUCUUCCCCCCCAAGGGGACCCAGAUGAAGCUGACAAUCCAAGUACUGGAAUUGGAGCUUUUCGAUUCAUGUUGGAAACCAACAAAGGACGUACAAUGCUCGAAUUUCAAGAACUAAUGACAGUUUUCCAGCUCUUGCACUGGAACGGUUCCUUGAAGGCCAUGCGAGAGAGGCAGUGCUCCAGACAGGAGGUAGUGGCUCAUUACUCCCACCGUGCACUUGAUGAUGAUAUGCGCUCUCAGAUGGCCCUUGAUUGGAUUGCUCGUGAACAGGAGAAUCCUGGUGUGAUUGCUCGAGAACUUAGCCAAAGUGAGCGUGAAUUAGAAGCUGCUCGUUUAGCUGGUCGUGAACUCCGUUUUCCUAAGGAGAAAAAGGACAUAAUGAUGCUAGCAUGUUCACAGUUGUCACCCUCGCCACUUGAUCCUUAAUAAUAAUAGAAGUAAUAAUGUGUGUGUGUUUUAGCAGAGGCAGGCAAGGGUUCCACAGUGAUAUUAGCACCAAGGUGUAGAGGUUAAUGCUUUCAUCUCUGCAAAAUCAAAGCUAAUUUACUUUUAUUGUUGUAAAGAUUUUGUGUUGUAUCAGUGAGUGUUGUAUAUAAUGUAAAUAAUAAUUCCAAAGAAUUUUAUUAUGUAAUUAUGAUAAUGUUAAGCUUUGUGGGGUGUGACGGUGAACUCCACAUUAAAACAUAUGCCCCUGGGAAACUUCUAUGUUGUUUCUUAAACCCAAGUACUGUUGAGCAUUAUGACAAGAAAAAAUAGCUGACUCACAUAAAAUUGAUAGGAUACGUACUUUACUCAGUCUUAUUUAAACUGAAAUACUAGUGCUUCAGAGGCACACCUUUGAUACAAUUUCUUAAAGAAUUAAACUUUUAAAUAUUUUCCAUUGCAGUAUACCAUUAUUACUCUCAUAAAGCUUUUCAGUGCUCCUUCCUUCCCAUUUUGGUUUGUGUAAUUUUUUUUAUUCCAGAUCUGUGAAAUUUAUGGACCAAGUCUGUACCUAUAAACGUGUACUCUUGUUACUAAAUAGUAGACAAGUGUACAUCAUAUUGUUAAAAUAUUUAAUUAUUCAAAUUAUCUGAUACCUUCUUCCAGUCAUUGACAGAACGAGUGAAAAACUGUAAAUGUAGGAGUAAGUAGCAUAGUACAGUACCAGGUUGCCAGCGUGAUCACCGCCUUGAAAUUAUCAUCAGCAGUCAGAGUGCAAGCAAGUGCCUUUUUAUAUUGUACUCUGCUGCAAGCACCAGAUUUAGCAAACUGUGCAAAGAUCUCAAUAGCAGAAAUAUAAUGAUACUAUAUUA